UGCCCCAUCAUUAGUGUCAGUGUGGGGAGGAAUAGUGCCCCAUUGUUGGUGUCAGUGGGGGGAGGAAUAGUGCCCCAUCGUUGGUGUCAGUUGGGGGGUGGAAUAGUGCCCCAUCGUUGGUGUCAGUGGGGGGGAGGAAUAGUGCCCCAUCGUUGGUGUCAGUGGGGGGAGGAAUAGUGCCCCAU